CUUGGAAGCGCUGCUCAAACACUGGACUUCCCUCACAUCGUGGGUGAAGGCAUUCAAUUGAAUGAGAUAUCGAGUUAUGCCAACAGUUUGGGCGAUAAAGCCAUCGGAUAUAUACGGACUGAACAACAGAAGGACAACAACAAGGGUUUAACAGUUGUCUCUCAAUUCUACCAAGAUUGUAUCGAUGCAUUCACACCUAUUGCACGAUGGUUGUUGGGCGAGUUGCAAAACACUCAAGAACCUAUAUUGCAGCUUGUUGUGACCUCAACUGUGAUGGGCCAAUUUUAUGAUCUUACCAUCAUGAUCGAGCGUUUGUCUGAACUGCGGGCCGUUAAGCCCCUGUCGGUCACCGGCAAUGAGCACAACCUUAUCAACCGAUUAAAUGCAUUGGAGAGUCGAGUGUUGGCCGCCGUUCAGUCCGCACAGGCUAGAGGUCCGAGAGGUUUACGCACUAAUCCAGUUAUGAAGGGUUAUUACGAUAAGACCAAUGCUUUUUUAAGCGCUGAGUUCCCCAAACUGAAUGCUGCAAUCGGUAACUUACCCUCAGCUGCACUCAGACAGCAAACCAUUCAACAACUGAUCAUCGAUUUGACACACUUUGCAGAAAUGCCCUUUAUGCUUUAAUUAUAAAUAGAUUGAAUAACAGA